CUACGGAUGAAAACACAUUGCCACAAAACAUAGAAAAGCCCAAGAGGUCUGUACAAUAAUCUUACUAACAUUUCCUAGAGGUGCAAUGAAGCGUAAAGAAGAAUUUCUUUACAAAUCACUUGAUAUUGACGUGGCUGAAAUGCAGGCUGGUAAUAGCCAUGUUCAAUAUCUAAAAUUCCGGUUGUUUGACAAAUUCGUCUCGCCAAUUGCCAAUUCGUCGCAUUUAGAGACAUCACCAUCAACAUCGGAAUCUAAGCAUGUCGGGGGUGCUAUAGCGGACCAGUUGCAUACAGUGGUGCGGAACAUUUCGUCAACUAUGACUGACUUUAGUAAAAUGCUGCAGAAAAUGUCCACAGCCAUUACGGACUUAAGUAUUAAUGUCAAGCAAUUACUACUUAAGUCCAAUGAACGAGAACAACCGCAUCAGUUCGAUUGAGGAAUCUCGAGUCAGCGGCUCCCCUUGUCAUCUGAAGAGAAACUUCAGAUGCUGGACACUGGUUUGCAGCAUAAAGAAACCAGGAACAGAUUUAUGGCAAUGGUUACAAGGUUAUCAAGUGACGAUCCCAAAACAUCAACGAGGUAUGUUCUGUUGCACCUUUUGACACCUGAGGUUGCCAGUAAGUUCCCGUUACUUGGCACCUAUUCAAAACGAGCACUUCAGAAAUGCCGGUUUUACGGCUGCAUACGGAGUAACUCAUAUUUAUUAUUUAAACUCCAGGUGCAUUAACAAAUCGCUUUUUAUCAUCCUCUGUCAACGAAAAAGACCUUGAGAAGCUCUGCGACACAAGGUUAUUUUCACGAUGUCAGAGAUAAAGUGAUAAAGCGUAAGAGAAGGAAAGAAGGGCAGGUAUGUACUAAUUGAAAGUGAUAACUUUCCUUACGGCUCUAUAGUUAGAGUCAUCAGUGUUUACGGACAUAACCGUAAGUUUAGCCUAAAGCAUUUGGCUGUGCCAAGACAUGUCAUUGAGAUAUCGUUGUGACUUUUGUUGUUUUUUAACUUCAGAAUUCACGGGACGACUACUUCAAUUCUCAAUAGCCGAACAUACGUGGCUAAAGGCGAAAGUUCGCACAAUCUUUUUAUGUUCUACUUAAUUUUUAAUGAACAUUUUUUGGUAAAACAGCUUACAUUUUUACUUACAUGGAAAGCUAUUGAAGCGUUGAGAGAGUGUGUUUGAUUGCUAGUGAACUAGCGAUUAAAUACACAUGCCUUAUAAAUAAAACAUAACCUGUUCCUUCUUUUGCAGAUAUUUUCAAAUAACAAUGACUUGGCAAUUGCAGUGGAUAUGCAAAACGGUUGAUGCUCAAGCUUGUGCCAUAAUGUUGUACAAUAAUACGCUUUUCAUUUUCAAUAAAAUUAUUUA